AUUACAGAAGUUUGUGGAGCCAAGCGCGUGGGUUAUUUUGGUCCUGCUCAAUUUUAUAUUGCUUUGAAGUUAAUUGCGGCAGCGCAGUCAGGGUUCCCAGUACGGAUUGAGAGUAUUAAGAAUGAAUUGCCUCUGCCGCGCUUUAUGGCGCUGAAAAAUGACAGUGAAGCACGUUACGGGACUCCAGCAGAACUCCACGGAGUUAAAUUUCAGGUCCCACAUGCAACUUUGGAAAAAAAUUCCUACAAAAGAACAGAUGAAGGGGACAAACAGGAACCCAAGUCUCCACCAGUGUCUCCAAUCUGCUCACCUCCUGCUUCUCCAUCUACUUACCAGAGAAUACCCUUAAGUUAUGGAUAUGGUAAAUCAAGAAGCGGGUUGGAGCAGCAGCAUGGAGUGCCUUACGAAGUCAGACACUCCACUCACCAGCAGGAUGGACCACCAUCAGGGAAUUACGGAGCCAAACCUGCACUCGCCUGUUCAACUCUUAAUCGGUCUCUUUCAGCAGAGCGGGAGCAGCAGGACAGCAGCGCCCACUACUCAGAUGACCCUUGGAGGAUAACGGAGGAGCAGCGAGACUACUACAUCAACCAGUUCAGGUCCCUGCAGCCUGACCUGAACUCCUUCAUUUCAGGUUCUGUGGCGAAGAAUUUCUUCACAAAGUCAAAGCUGCCCAUCCCAGAGCUCUCUCAUAUCUGGGAGCUCAGUGAUGUGGACUGCGACGGGGCGCUGACGCUCCCGGAGUUCUGUGCCGCUUUCCACCUCGUGGUUGCGAGGAAGAACGGAUACCAGCUGCCGGAGACGCUGCCGGAGACGCUGCUGCCCGAGUACCUUCAAGCAGCUUCUUUGAAGCCCAUGCGUGACUGUGCCCUAUUUGAUUCUUACUCUGAGUCGUUACCAGGUGGUCAGCAGACUCGGGACUUCAGUCGGACGGAGAAGGCAUCAGCUGAAGAGGUACCCGAUAACUCUGCCCUGUUACAAGAAGCAAAGAAAGAUGACAAACAAGCUCUUAAAGUAAGCACUGCUCUCAAAAUGAUACCAAAGGAUUUUCAGCACUUGACUGUGAAAACAGCUGCUCAGGAAUCUCAUGCAUUUAGAGCCAGACCACGAUCCAGGUCUUAUUCUAGCACAUCAAUAGAAGAUGCCAUGAAAAAGGGAGAAGAGCCCCCUACUCCACCUCCGAGGCCACAGAAAUCACAUUCCAGAGCUUCCUCUUUGGAUCUGAACAAGAUAUUUCAACAAAACACACAAGCUAUGAGGUCUGGAUGGCUGCCCCCACCACCGCCUGCACUGCCCCCUCGACCUUCUGUAUCUCAGACAGAGCAAGUAUCUGAGGUUGAAUUACAUCCUCAGAUGAACAGACCCCCAUCACAGGCAGAAGAAAACAGUUCAGCAAAAAAGGAGGUUGUUCUCACUCAGCCGCCCUCCAAACCCACCCGCAGGAAGCUCCGGACAGAGACGCAGGGGCUGGAGACACCCGAGCUUUCUCCCACUAUAAGUGUGACCUCUUCCCUGCCAGCAGUCAAGUCUCACUUCCCAGUCCAAAAACAGUCUUCCAAGCAGAAAAGGGCUAUUCAGACCGCUAUACGGAAAAACAAAGAAGCCAAUGCUGUGCUCGCCAGGUUGAACAGUGAGCUCCAGCAGCAGCUGAAGGAGGUUCACAAGGAGCGAAUUGCCUUGGAAACGCAGCUGGAGCAGCUCCGUCCCGUCACCGUCUUGUGA